GAUGAUGAGCAUUUUAAAUGUUCAUUGGAUGAAGAAGAAUGGACUCGAGUUCUUAGAAUUUAAGAGUUAUUGACACCUUUUGUUGAAAUUACUGCUUUGUUUUCUGGAUCGAAAUAUCCAACAGCAAAUUUGUACUUUAAAUCUGUGUGGAUGAUUGAAUGGUACUUGUUGGAUUAUAUGAAAAGUGAGGAUGCAUAUUUAAGGGAGAUGGCCAGUAGGAUGAAGGAUAAAUUUGAUAAGUACUGGGACUCUUACAGUCUGAUACUUGCAUUUGGCAUUAUUCUUGAUCCUCGUUACAAGCUAGACUUUGUAACAUAUUGCUACCAAAUGCUAAAUAAAGAUGACGAGGAAAAAUGGAAGGCUGAGAUUGAACAUAUUUCUAAAUUGUUGUUUGAUCUGUACAAUGAAUAUGUAAUAGAUAACAGCUCUAGUACUAGCAAGGAAAGUACAAUAACAAUAGAUUCUACAUGUACUACCAGCAAAAGCAUGAUGUUCAGCCAAUUACAAGGUCGUAAUCCUAUCAAGGGUUUCCAAAAUUUCAAUGUGGAAAAGGUUCAUACAUCUGAAUUACAACAGUAUUUGGAGGAGGGAAGGCUUGCUUUAGAGCAGGAUUUGGAUGUCCUUGCUUAUUGGUCUAGUAACGAGAAACGUCUUCCUAACUUGUCUAGGAUGGCCAGAGACAUCCUAACAAUUCCAAUUACCACAGUAGCUUCUGAAUCUGCAUUUAGUAUGGGUGGGAGAAUUAUAAGCAAAUUGAGGGGAUCUCUUUUACCUCAAAAUGCAAAAGCUUUGCUUACAACUCAAACUUGGUUGGAUGCAUUUGGAAAGGAAGAUGUUGAAGGUGAGGAGAUAGGACGUGAAUUUCAUUUAGACUUGGACAAUAUAAGUAUGACUUCUCCUCCUCCUACUAGUGAGCUUGGAAGAGUAGGACCAUCUCAAGGACAAACUUUUACCAUUUUGGAAGGUGAAGAAGAUAUCUCUUGAGGGGCACACUUAGGUUGGACAGUUUUGGUACUUGGUAGUCUGUUUAUUCUCCCACCAACUUGUCUUUGUCUCCUGUAUUUGCACUUGGGAGUUGUUACUUGGUGGACUUUUAUUUUCUCAAUAUUUGGUAGUUACCUAGUUCUAAUUAGUACUUGGUUGAUAGCCUACUAUUUUUGGACAACAUUGGCAAUUGGCAUUAUAAACUUUGUGAAUUUUCUUUUCUUUUCUAUUUCGAAAUCAUGAUUGUUACUUGGCAACCUUUUUUGGACAAUCACGGCCUACUUGUAUCUUCUUAUCUAGUUUGUAUGAAAUUUGGUAUUUGAAUGUUAAUUUUUGGAUUGUGAAACCAAUCAAGCAUCUAAAAUAAU